AUGCUGAAACAAGUGGGCCAAUUUCAGCAUGCUACUGAAAGGAAGGGAGAGUCUUCAGCAACCUACACCCGAGAAACUGAAGGCAAGGAGCAGCCGGGACCUUCCGCCAAACUCGAGGAGACCAUCAUCGAUGUAACAGGCUACAUCGAGCAGAAGGUGGAGGAGAUUCGAGCCAAGAGUCAUGUCAACUGGUUGCCCUACUACAAGGCGGGCCUCAUCACGCAGAAGGACUACUCCUUUAUAACGGGGUUCCAGCACACAAGGUCACGUGAGGAGCGGGACCUGCUCAUCGAUUAUUUUAAGGAACAGGGCUUCCAAUCUUUCGUGGUGGUGGUUCGCCGCGUGUGUCUGGUCGAAGAGAUCCAAAAGUUCUUGGUGCUGAUAGACGACAUGCUGAAGGAGGACCUAUCGAGGGUGGACAACUUUAAACCCGAAGAGACCCACCCCUGGAGGCCGUUCUCGGACCUGUUGUCCUGCACCGACCCUUUCGUCAGCAACAUGGCCGGCAGGAUCGUCGCCAAGCUGAUCACGGGCGGCAAGGGUCGGCCCGAGCGGCCGGACCGGGAGUUCUACAUGAGCUGGAUCAAGGACGGGCUGCGCCACGACAACCGGUACCUGAACUCGGUGUCCCGCUGCCUGAGCCGGAUGCUCCGGGUCGACGAGUACCGGCGCCAGUUCAUGGCCAUGAACGGCGUCUUCCGAAUCGUCCAGCUGCUGUCGAGCGGGAUCCGGCCCCAGGCGCAGUACAUGUUCUGCUUCAACCUGUGGCUCGCCUCCUUCAGUCCCUCCGUCACGGAGAAGUUGAGCAGGUGGGACUCUUAG